AUGUUUUCACCUUGCAAUGGAAAAUCCGCCUUAAAUGAUGUAUGCGAUGUUAAUGGAGACUGUGACAAUAAGGGAUCGAUUUGUUUGAGAGGAAAAUGCAGAUGUCACCCACAUUAUGUGGAAACUCGGGAUGAGAAAGGAAGACUUCCAAAAUUACCCGCAAAAGUUGGCGCGAAGUGUGCCAAUAAGUGUCGCGAGCCGCUAUUCUGCCGAAACGGAGAAUGUCAAUGUGUUCAAAGAGGAACAACAAGAAUAUCGAAUGGAGAAUGUAUCACGACUUCAAGAGUUGGCGACAGAUGCUCCCGUCAUUAUGAUUGUACAUCGCCAUUCUCAGCAUGUCUGAAUUCACAAUGUGUUUGUAUUUCUGGAACUAUUCAGCAGGGCUCCCGAUGUGUGGCCGCUGCCAACUGCCCCCUCGGAGGUCUUCCUGGUCAAAGCUGCGUCCGACGAUCCGACCCAAGUCUUGCAUUCAACAUCCCACCAAACCAGGAUAAUUGUCCAUCUGGUCAAGUUUGUGUCACAGCUGCGGAUAGUCAAGUUGGCCACUGUUGUCCCGUUGUCUGCCCAUUGGCCAGCCACGUGGAUGUCAAGUAUUCAUGUGAUCCAGAUGCGGCACCAGCUCUAAAAUGUCCAUCUGACUCGCAUUUUUGUCAUUUGUUGUCGGACGGCAGUUUCUCCCAAGCAGUCUGCUGUCGUCGUCCUUGUAACGCGAUGGCUCCGAACGCUCUCUACGCCAACAAUCAGUGUAUUCCACGUGGACAACUCAACUCUGCCUGCAUAUCAAACGCUCAGUGCGGAGGUGGAGAAGGCAUGGAAUGCAUGAAAGGACAGUGUCAGUGUCAGCAAAACUUCCAUCCAGCUGUCGAUGUGCUUACUAAUCCGCUGAAAAAUCCAUCACAAUCGUGUUCGAGAGAUUGUGAGAAUGAGAAUUUGUCAAAGGAUACCAGUUGCAUGAAGGCGGUCCCUCUUAAUUCCCUAUGCUUCAUUCAAAAACAGUGUCCUCCAAACUCUGGCUGCUAUCGCGGACGAUGCAUGUGUAGAUGUGGAUUUGCACCGAAAAAUGGGAAAUGUGUAGAGAUUCCAGCGCCAUCAACGACUACCUCAGCACCAGCACCCGCCAUCAUUCCUGGAGUACCUAUAAAUCCUGGCAACGAUCUUUUCAAACUAUUCGGACAAUUCUUGGGCGCUGGAAAUGGCGGAGCUGGCUUCAAUCUAGGAUGA